AUGGAUUUUACUGAAGAAGAAGCGAAAUUUCCUUUGGCAUUUAGUAUCAUGAUGUAUAAGGACGCAAACCAAGUUGAAGAACUAUUAAGGGCCAUAUAUAGACCUCAUAAUUAUUACUGCAUACACGUGGACGCUAAGGCAGAUUUGGGCGUACAUCACGCCAUACAAAAUAUUACCCGAUGUUUAAAAAAUGUACAAAUGGCUUCGAGAAGUAUAAAAGUCGUGUGGGGCAAAUUUUCGGUUCUGGAGUCAGAGUUAAUAUGCAUGCGAGACUUACUUAGUUACAGUGAUUGGAAAUAUUUCAUAAAUUUAACUGGUCAGGAAUACCCUUUAAAAACUAAUUCACAAAUAGUGAAAAUAUUGAAAUUGUUUCAUGGUGCCAACAGUGUUGAUGUUGCUGAAGACAGUCAUGCAAGAUGGAGAAGAAAAGGCCGACCACCUCAUGGUAUUAAACCAAGGAAAGGAAAUAUUCACGUUGUAUUAAAUAGACAAUUUGUAAACUAUACAAUCAUCAAUCAGGUGUCUAAAGAUUUUAUAAAAUGGUUGAACAAUACUAUUGUACCCGAUGAGACACUGUUUGCCUCUUUGAAUCAUAACCCACAACUUGGUAUACCCGGUUCCUACAUAGGUAUGUAUAUGCCUCUCUAG